AUGGCACCCCCCAGGCCCUUAUCAGCUAUGGAUGAUAAAAAGACUAUGGAAAGCCCAACUAGCCCAACACCCCCAACACCAAGUACAGCUACGGCCAUGUCUCCACCGCCACCCCCACCCAUGCCGGGAAGUUUCGAUGACGGAGAACCUCCAGCUGCACCCCCACCCCCACCACCGCCUAUGCCGACGUCAGGCGCUCCGCCUGCACCUCCGCCUCCACCACCACCGCCUGGAAUGACAGGUGCACCACCAGCGCCUCCGCCACCACCGCCUGGAAUAUCGAGUGGUCCGCCAGGUGGAAAGCCGAGUAUAGGAGGCUUACUGGGCGACAUUCAGAAGGGAACAGGUUUAAAGAAGGUUCAAACCAAGGAUAGGAGUACAGCUAGUACUGCUGGGCGAGUGCUAGACUAA